AGGAAUUAACCAGCUCUUCAGCCAAGCAAAUCCUCUGCUAAGCAUGCUUCCCCCUGCCAUUCAUUUCUAUUUCAUUCCCCUUGCAUGCAUCCUAAUGAAAAGCUGUUCGGCUUUUAAAAAUGAUGCCACAGAAAUCCUUUAUUCACAUGUGGUUAAACCCGUUCCAGCAAUCCCCAGCAGCAACAGCACGUUGAAUCAAGCCAGAAACGGAGGCAGGCAUUUCAGUAACACUGGACUGGACAGAUACACUCGAGUUCAAGUGGGUUGCCGGGAACUUCGUUCUACUAAGUACAUCUCCGAUGGCCAGUGCACCAGCAUUAGCCCUCUAAAGGAGCUGGUGUGUGCUGGUGAGUGCUUGCCCCUGUCAGUGCUCCCCAACUGGAUCGGGGGAGGCUACGGAACGAAGUACUGGAGCAGGAGGAGCUCCCAGGAGUGGAGGUGUGUCAAUGACAAAACGCGCACCCAGAGGAUCCAGCUGCAGUGCCAAGAUGGCAGCACGCGCGCCUACAAGAUCACGGUGGUCACCGCCUGCAAGUGCAAGAGGUACACCCGGCAGCACAACGAGUCCAGUCACAACUUCAAGAGUGUGCCGCCUGCCAAGUCAGCCCAGCAUCACAGAGAGCGCAACAGAGCCAGCAAAUCCAGCAAACACAGCAUGAGUUAGAACUCAGACUCUCGACACUGGACUGACUAGGAACCAUCUGCUUUACAGAUUUGAUUGCUUGGACGACUCAAGCCUGCCAUUGCUAUUUUCUCACUUGAAAAUAUAUGCUUUCUGCUUUGAUCAAACCCAGCAAGCUGUCCUAUGUAUCAGGCCCUCCUUUGGGAAUAGUUUUUCCUUUUCAAGUUUUGCAAGAUGUAGCUAUAUCCAUGCCUAUGCGAUUU